UUCAACUAAACGCCGCCAAAAUGGAUAAACGCCUGCGGCUCGUAUUCAUUUAUCCAAUCGUAUUAAUAUAUUUACAAUUACAACAGACAAAUGCCAACCGAAAUAUCGAAUUGAAUGCCUUCCAGCCCAUGUCGGAAUAUGAUGAUUCUUGGAUAUCAUGGGAUACGCUACGUUUGAAGAAGAUAUCACGCUCGGAGCUGGGUAUGACGGGUGAUGUGGAGCUCAAACAGAAUUUGGGCAAUGAACAGAGGGUCUCCUUGCAAAUCUACAAGUAUGAUCGCGAGAGUAAACGACGUGGUCCCAUUGUAUUUCAAAUAGAGAAACCUUUCUGCAAUUUAGUAGAAUCACUCAAGAGCACUUACGAUGGUAUGGUGAAAUCAUCGAAUUUGCCGGAGGAGUUUACAUGUCCCUUCCCAAAGAACACUUAUACCUACAAAGACUAUGUACUCGAUACCGAUUUCUUGGUGAAAGAUGUACCGAACGGCGAUUAUCAACUGGCGGCGAUUGUUAAAAAUGGCGAAAAGGCGGUGGCUGGUCUCGAUCUUGAUUUGACAGUUGCUAGUUAGAUUGAGAAGUUAUGUUUUCCCAGAAA